GGCGGUCUAUCAGGAAGUGGCAGAAUUAUCAUAAAAGUUGCCCAAGAAUCGCGUCUUGAGAGAUCCUGCAUUAUAUCAUUAGACGCGAUUUGGAAGUCUGAUGAGAAAAGAAAGAAUAAUUGAAUAUUUACUUGGAUUGAUUCUUGGAUUUCAGUCGGAAUUCAACAUCUGAAGUUUGGUUUUAUUCAUUACCAAUUCUUCUCCAAAAUUGAAAGGGAGGUUUAUCUGAAACUCCAAACAACCACGAACGCGCUUUCCAAAAUUCAAACUUCUACAGUUCAUUCUUUAGUCGAUUGUUCACUUGACUAUAAAGUUACUCCCUUCACUUUCCACAAUGACUUCACCAAAAUCAUCAACUACGCGUCGCGUCCUAGGGGACCUCAAUAUUAAUAUCAAUACUUCCGUUAUUGAUAUCAACCAUGCGUUGCGAAAUACAAAGAUGGAGAAAGUAUCAUAUAGUAACCACCCCGUCCAUGCUCCACUUGAGUCCUCGCAAGUGGUGGGACAUUCGACAACGAAAUUACAGCGGGAAAAUUGGGAGGAGACGAACACGAACACGGGUUCCCGAGUUGCAAAUAUGGAAGAAGCAACGGCUGAGGAUAACGUUUUUCAAGGCUUGGAAAUUACCACAAUCAACAACCUUGAGCUUUCAAUUGCUGAGCGGGCCUCUUUGGCUAGCAAAAAGAGACGUUUGUCGAGCACUGUACAAUUUCAAGACACUAUAUCGAAUCGAUCACCAGAAUCUCACGGGAAGCGAAGAAGAAUGGAUCCAUUAUCGGGCAACUCUUCGCUGCUUGACGGACGUGGCGCGGACGUGGACGCUCUCCCACAGCAUACGUCGUCACAACCCACGGCGUCUCCAUCCAGUGAUCCGGUCGCCGAAGCGAAGGCGUGUGACGAGAGAGUUGGAAUAACGGAUGAAUCGAGUGAUUCGGGGAAGGACCAGAAACAAAAGAUGCCACCAACAACACCUCAGAAGCAGUCUGCCCCAAAAUGCUCCUCCAUAUCUGCUUCUUCAUCAUCAUCUUUCCCUUCUGGAGUUGACGCAGAAGACUCCGCUAUCAUCAGCAAUGAUUCAAAAUUGGCCGAAACUAUCAUAUCCAACAAAUCAACUUUCAUACCCACUACUAUAUCCACCCCAAGAACCUUCCAAACCUCAAAAUCAAAAUCUCUAUCACGGGAAGAAAUCCGUCAAAAAUCCCAAGCACUACGUCUUCGUCUUUCUCUCGCAAACUACAAAGUAAAAACAAACCAAAUCGAUCUCCCUCUUUCACGUCUACAAGUGUGUUCUACCUCACCAAAGCUUCCUUCUCUUGCUCGUCUUCGCGGAUAUUCUCAUGGGAAGAUUAUGGAACGAACACCGCUUCCUGGUGCGCGUAGUAUGGAUACUGGGAGGGAAGCAGUUCCAGCCAUUAAUAUACAAGGCCCUGGUUCUGCCAAUAAAAAUACGAGUGUUUUUGUCCGAGAGAAAAGAGGGGAGAGAGAGGAUGGCGAUGAGAACAUCAAUGUUCCUUCUAGUCCUCCUUUAUCUGGAAGAGAAUCAGAUUCAUUCUCGAGAAGAGAUUCUGCUAUUUCGUGCACUUCUUUUGGCUCCAACUCUAAUUCGAAUUCGAAUCCGAGCUCGGGCUUAGGCUUGGGUCAUGCACAUCCUCUUACUCCCACUCUCAAUACCACUUCCCAUUCUAACUCCAGAUGCAAAGAAACCGAUGCAAAAAUGGCGAUUAACAUCGAACAAGAAGUUGCAAGAAGGAAAUAUGAAAUGAUUGGUGGCAAGGAAAAUAUCAAGAUACAAAGAACCCCGAUUCUAGAAAGUCAAAAAAUAAGACUUGCGAAUCCACCCAUGAUUUUUGCGCAGCCGGAAGAAGAGAGGAGUGUGAGUGAAAGGGGGAGAAGCCCAGAACUAUCGAGGAGAGCAGCGGAUGGAUUGGUGAGGUUGAAAUUAUUGAGAUAGGGAAAUUUGUGUUGUGUAAUGAGAGAGGGAUGGGAUGUGAAUUUUUGGUGGGCGAGCGAGCGAAUGUGCUGGGAUGGGUAUAGGUUUGAGUCUGUAUUUGUUUUUCUUUUCCUUUUCCUUUUCUCUAUUCGGUAAUGGGUUAGGUCGGGCUAGGUUAUGCAGAUGCAAAUGCGACUGCGUAGAAACGGGCAUAAGGAUUAAAUGGGCAUGAAUGCAUAGCAUCAAUAGCAAUAGCGUUAACCACAAUAGUAUUAGAGUAGAUGAGACUAUACUUAUAUUUACAUUUGUAUUCCUCUUUUUACAAUGUCGCACAGGUAUUGUAUGGCAUAGAAUGGAUCGGAUUGGAUUCGAUUAGGUUAGAUGGGUGGAUAGAUACCCAACGAGAAAUCGUUUCAGUAGUUGUUCUUUCGGCUAAGCAUAGGGGUUGUUGUGUGGUGUUGUUUGGUAUGGUAUGGUAUGGUAUGGUAUGGUAUAGUGGAGUGGAGUGGAGUGGAGUGGAGUGGAGUGGAGUGGAGUGAAGUAGAGUAGAGUAGAGUAGAGUAAAGCGUAGAGCUGGGAUGAGAAUGAGAUGAAAUGGAAUGGAAUGGAAUGAAAUAAGUGUAAAAUAUAUAUGUGUGUGUGCA